AUGUUCCAAUUGAUGGUGGCUUCUCCAGUUGGACAAAUGGCACAUGCUCUCAGACAUGUGGAUCAGGCACCAUGCUUCAAGAGAGAACUUGUUCCAAUCCUGAACCUAAAUUUGGCGGCAAAGAUUGCGAAGGUUCAUGGAACAAAACCGCUCAUUGUAACUACGGACCAUGUCCAGUCUAAACUGCUUUAUUCUAAAGUUGAUGGUGGGUUCAGCGAAUGGGUCGACGGAGCUUGCUCUGUGUCAUGUGGAUCAGGCACCAUGCUUCAAAAGAGGACUUGUUCCAAUCCUGAACCUAAAUUUGGAGGAAGGUAUUGUCAAGGCUCUUUUAAUCAAACCGUUUCCUGUCAGUUGGACCCAUGUCCAAUUCACGGAGGAUUUAGUGAUUGGCACAAUGGACCCUGUUCUGUCUCAUGUGGAACAGGAUCGUCGGUUCAAACAAGAGAUUGUUCUAAUCCGGUUCCCCGAUUUGGUGGCAGAAGCUGCCAUGGAAUACUUAACCAAGUUGUACCCUGUACACUGGAUCCAUGCCCAGUGCAUGGAGGAUUCAAUGAGUGGCUUAAUGGAACAUGUUCCACCACAUGUGGGACAGGACAGUUGAUUCAAAUUAGGGAAUGCUCCAACCCAAUUCCAAGAUUUGGAGGAAGAAACUGUGAAGGAGUUUUCACACGGUUGAUUCCUUGUGAAAUGGAUCCAUGUCCAGUGAAUGGAGGAUUUAGUGACUGGGACAAUGGACCAUGUUCUGUUUCAUGUGGAGCGGGAAGGAUGGUUCAAACCAGGACUUGUUCCAACCCAACUCCACAAAAUGGAGGGAAAGAUUGCCAAGGAGAGUCCAAACAAAUUGUUCCGUGUAUUUUAGACCAAUGUCCAGUCCAUGGAAGAUUCAGUGAGUGGACGAAUGGCCCUUGUUCCGUUUCUUGUGGAAAAGGAAAAAUGGUUCAGACAAGAACUUGUUCCAAACCUGCUCCACAACAUGGAGGUAGAGAUUGCGUUGGAGCCACCUUUCAAAUCAGUGAAUGUAUCCGUCCAGAAUGUCCAUCUAAGCUAGAUUCUUUCCCUUGCUUGGAUUUUGGACACAUCUAUGUCCCACAAUCAGCAUUCCAAUUCAUAGAAUCUUCUCGAGUUCAUUUUGCCCAAACUUGCUUGAAUCUUUGUCUCUUGGACCCGAAUUGCCGAUUCUCUACCUAUCGCCGUAACGUGUGUUCCAUGUUCCGGGGAUCAUACAUGAGAAAGCGGAAUCGUUUCGUCAUUUCGUCUGACACGAGGAACUGCUAGAACUUUAUGCCUGACCUUUUUAGAGCAUUGGAGAGAAGGAGAGGGAAAUAAACGUUUGAAUGAUUGAUGACGGUCUCACGCCAAUUUCAGAUGUACCCUAGUCAAUUAUCUGGUUGAGAAAGCCCUUGUCAGCGAACGUGUACCUCUACCAUUGAAGCCCUCGUUUGACAUUUCACAUGGACCAAACACUUAAGCUGGUUUCUUGGGAGACACUAUAUCUAAUACUUGAUUUUUUUGUUUUUCUCGGGAAACAAAUAUGUCUUGGACAAGUUAACUGAUGAUAUUUGAAGCAUGUACAUACGUGGUUGUUCUUCGAUUUCUUUUGGACAAGUCUGAUUCAUGAAUAACACCAUAGCUGUUCGUCCAUAGAAUCGUGGUCAAGUGGCUAGGUCUUGCCCUUCAUUAAGCGGGGUCCUUAGUUCAAUCCUCCUUCCUGAACUUUCUUGACAAAAAAUAUGUAAUUGAGGGAGCUCAGGAGAGGGGGUCAAAGCUAUGAUGAAAAAAAAACUUUUUUCGUCCGCUAUGGAUCAGCUGCACAAACUUUUGGCCAGAUAACUUUUCAAUGAACUACUUAAAAAAUAAUUAUUCCUAUGAUCUCUUUUUUUCAUUUUGCCCAAAUCAACCCAAACUGGUUUGAUUUGAGCGGAAAAACAUUUGGAAGUCCGUAUGAAAUCUGGCAGUUUGUGUAUACUCCCACAACCAGGCCUUGAUUUAUUGAAACCAAAAAGAGGCAGCAUGAGUUCUAGACUUGUGACAAGUUCACAUUUUUUUAUAAGUGUGCUUAUUGCGACAUAUUUUCAAGUCAUUAGGACACAAUUAUUUUUCAUACUGAUGUUAUU